ACAUAUCUUGGUCUUUGCAUCAGUCAGUCUUUCUCUUCAGGUCUCACAGGCUGGCAAAUCUCCUGCCUAUUAGGAUAAAUGAGGACUUGUCCUCUCUAAACCAUCAGUGGUCAUUGUGAGUGUAAGUUUGUUGGAAAUGGAGAAGAGUAGAGACAUUGUGUUGGGCAUUGAGGAUGAGUCUGGUCAGCCGGUGUCUGCACUGUCCAUCCUGUCUCUUCUGGAACGUGUCUCCACUAUCAUUGAUGGUGUGCAGGCUAGCCAGCAACGAAUGGAAGAACGCCAACAUCAGCUUGAGGCAUCUGUUACUAUAGUCCAAUCAGAGCUGCUCAAACUAGUCCAGAACCAUGGUGCCACAGCAACUACUGUGGACAAGCUGCUGCAGAAGGCCCGGCGUGUGAGUGCUCAUGUGAAGGAGGUGCGCUCACGUGUGGAGAAGCAGAAUGUCCGGGUAAAGAAAGUGGAGACUACACAGGAUGAACUUCUCAUCAGGAACAAGUUCAGAGUGGUCAUCUAUCAGGGUGAGGCUGAAGUUCCAUCAGUUGCUGUAACAAAAACCCCUAAGGAUGCAGGAUUGGCCAAUGUUGAGGUGGAACCUGAUGAGUAUGAAAUCCCUACAGACCUCUCAUCUGAUGAGGAGUACAUGGUGGUGGAAGAGGCAUCAUCAUCAAGGGCAACACGGAUGAGACAGACAGGCUUGAAAGGGAUAGACAACAUCAGAGCUGCUUUCUCUAAGGAGAACAUGAAUAAGACCCGUGAUCGAACACGAGAGAACCUCAGCAAAACUAAGAAGAGCCUAAGCAAGACAGGCCAAACUCUGGGCACAAAGAUCAACACCCUGGGUGAGAAGAUCAUUCCUCUUGACCAGCGGGAGAAGAUGCGUCAGAGUGGUGAGAGGCUGAAGGAGAACAUUGCCAAGAAAGCUCCCAGCAAAGAGUCCUUCCGCAUCAAACUCAAGAAGGAGCGCACUGUUGCUGAGGGCGAGGAGGGCGUUGAGGCAGACCCUGUUGUGACUCCACCAAAAGGCAGGAAGACCAGCCCAGAAGUUACCUACACAGAGGUUGUUACAGAAAACAAAUGGGAAGGGCCUGUAUCUGAGGAACAAGCCAUCCGUAUUCCAGAGGAAGGAAAGAGUGCUUUGGUAAUAGAAACACCGGAGAAGUGAAGAAAAUGAAGAGGGAUAAAGAAGUGUGUGAGAGAAAAAAAAAGUGCUAAAUAUAAAGCAGAAUAAAUAAUAGAAUUUUAUAUAUAUGGGAUAUAAAAUCCUAAUUUAAAACAAAUCAUGACUAAGAUCUUUCAGUCUAAUUACCAGGAUGGCUACUCAGUGAGUAAUAAGGACGAGGCAACAUUAAGAAAGAGUCAUACUGGUACAGCUGUUUGUGUGUCAAUUCCAUGUUUAGAAAUAACUUUGGAAAACUUUGAAAAACUAGAAAACUGAGCAACUGCAUAACUUAUUAGCUUAUUAUUUAAUAAUAUAUAGGUAGUAUCUGCUUGUGAAUUAGAUUUACUGGAGUAGCAAAAGCACUAAAAUAUUCAGAAAAGUGACCUCACAUAUCUGGGAGUGGGAAACACUAGUUAUAGGGAUAUAUUCUUUAGAAGAUCUCGAUUUGUUUUUAAACAAUUCCUAAUUGAAAACAUUAGAUUAUGUCUUGCACCUUUAUAAACUGUGUGGGUGUGUGUCAUAGAGUACAUACAUAUAUUUAGAGGAAUAUUUGACAUGUAUACUAAAAAAAGAUGACUUAAAAUAAAUGAACAGCUGAGCAUGC